AUGCCUUAUGUGCUGAGUUUCCAUCAAGACUUGAACUCCACGAGGAGAUGUCAAGAUGGUUACUGCACACUCAGUGGUGAUAAAUUGACAGAGUUCUCAUUCAAUAUCUCUGGUGCAUCAGCUUAUGGAAAUUGUAUUGUUAUGUACUCCAAUGUCAUUGAUGGUGGAAUGGAUGCCUGUGACCUGGCCUCCUACAACAUCGACACCGAGGAGUUCUACAAACUCAACAUGUACAAGGCCACCAAGUGUACCAACAUUGCCGUUGACGAUAGAUUCAUCUGGGUUACAUCAGAUGGAUUCCUAGAUGCACUAAUUCACGAGAAGGAUUGUAGUGGAUACGGACUCUCGGACAAGGGCAAGCCAUUCAAUACUGAGCCAGAGGUAUUAUAUGCUGAUCCUGCCACUCAACCUGAUAGAUCUUUGAUUACUUUUGAUAGGGAGUCGAAGAAAGUUACACAAUUUUCUUAUCCAACUAGUGUUGAUUCAAUGUUCCAGAGUGCUGUUAUCAAUGUUGGUGAUGCAUGUUCCAUGUCACCUUAUGGUACAACUGGGUAUGUUGGUGUUGGCUAUGCAGAUGGCUUCAGAGUCUACGAUGUCCAGUCCAAACAAUACACCGAAUAUCCAGUCUUCAGCUCAACUGGUAACUUCUGUGGACCAUUCACUCAGAAUGGUGUUGAACUAUUGUUCAUUCCAGUUGUUGGUGGAAAUAUGUUUGAAAAGAUCAUUCCAGGAUUCGAAGUCCAGGUCAAUGAUCCAUGUGUCAAUGCUUCUAAUGGCCAGAUUCUGCUCAGGGAUACAUCCAAUCUUUAUAACUUCACAUGGUUGGACACCAACGGUCAUGAGAGAUCAAGAAACAGUCUUGCACCAGGCCGUUAUGUCGUCCAUGUCGAGUCACAAACUGUAAACAUCUCAAGCCAUGUUACCAUUGUUGUUAGACAACCACAAGACCCUACCAAGGUUGCCAUUACCCAUACAUGCCAGGGAUCAGAGAGCGGAAGAAUGAACUUUAUACUUCCAAAUGAGACAUCAUCUCCAACAACAUUCGUUUACACAGUUCAAUCAGGAGAUGUCAACAAGAUAUCAAAGAGUGGAAAGUUUGAUAGCAUGCCACCAGGUACCUAUGUUGUCGAUGUCACAUCCACUGACAAGUAUGGAUUCAUUUGUGAAUAUACUUCCAAGGUCAGCAUCAUUGAAGAGCCCACACCAAGCCCAGCAUUCAAGGCUGACAAGGCAACAUGUACCUCGACUUCGGAUGGAAGUAUUACAAUCACAAACUAUAAUCCAUCAAAGUACACCUAUAUUCUGGACCCUCCAUCACCAGUUGACAUCCAAAAUGGUACUUUCACCAAACUAUCUGGUCUGAAGGAGUACUCUCUCACAGUUCAAGAUAGAGACAAUGUCACUGUAUCAUCACCACAAUGUUCACUACAAGUUGCCAUCACCAUCCCUGGUGUACCAGUAUUCAACUUUCCAUCAUAUAAUGUUGUCGAGCCAAGUCUUUGCUUUGGAGACAAGUCAUCCAUUCAAGUCGAUGCAAUGGUUGGUGUGGAGUACAAUCUAGUUGAUAGUUUGGGUAAUAGCCAAAAGUCAUUGGCCAUGACCAACAAUGACACUAGAUUUAGGAACUUGCCAGCCGGUGUCUACACCUUGGACGCAAUUGUAUUAUCAAACGACACUUCAUUCUGUAGACACAACAGGAUGAAGAUCAAUAUCACCGUACCUGAACCAAUCCAAGCCAGUCCGACUACAUUCUCGCCAUGCUCCACCACCGAGAACUUGUUGGUAUCAAUCACAGGAGGUGUUCCAAAUUCACAAGGUGCCUACCUCAUAUUCGCAGCCAACAACUCUGCAAUCACCAGUCCAUACCUCAAUGUAUCCUACUGGCCCAAUGGAGAGUACACGGUCAACAUCACAGACUCGCAUGGAUGUGUCCACUUGUCGAGUGUCAUAAUCAACAGACCAUCAAACUGUUCUGCGGCUGGUGGCAUCAUUCCCAAUCCCAUCGCUCAAACAAUAUUCACGCCAGGUGCAUCUGGUCGUGGACUGGCAGUUGGACUGGGUGUUGGACUUGGUGUUGGCAUUCCAGCACUCGCCCUUUUGUUGGUGGCAGGAGUAAUGAUCAUGAAGAGAAGAAAGAGGGCACCAGUCGCCAACAACACAACCCAAACAGACACCAUUCCAGUGUACAUGGGUGGAAAGAUCCAAACCCUAGACAACUUCUAA